GGGGAGCAGAAGGCCGUUGACGUGAGGGCACCUGCGGCGGAACGAGGUGGACGGAAGAGGGAAAGAAGUCGUGAGCACGGGGGGGCGGGGACCCAGGUUGUCCACGUACCGGCCAGCCUUGGAAAUGGACGCAGAAGGAUUUGGUGAGCUCCUGCAGCAGGCUGAGCAGCUUGCUGCGGAGACCGAGGGCAUCGCCGAGCUUCCUCAUGUCGAACGCAAUCUCCAAGAGAUCCAGCAGGCAGGGGAGCGUCUACGCUCCCGGACGCUGACCCGCACUUCCCAGGAGACGGCAGAUGUCAAGGCAUCAGUUCUUCUUGGCUCCAGAGGGCUUGAUAUAUCCCACAUCUCUCAGCGGCUGGAGAGCCUUAGUGCUGUGACGACAUUUGAGCCUCUUGAGCCUGUGAAGGACACCGACAUACAGGGAUUCCUAAAAAAUGAGAAAGAUAAUGCUUUGCUGUCGGCCAUCGAAGAGUCCAGGAAACGGACCUUUGCUAUGGCUGAGGAGUAUCAUCGAGAAUCAAUGCUGGUGGAGUGGGAACAGGUGAAGCAAAGGAUCCUUCAUACACUGCUGGCUUCAGGAGAAGAUGCCCUGGACUUUACUCAGGAAAAUGAGCCAAGUUACAUCACUGAGUUGCCGCCACCAGGUCGCAGUUCUUUGGACAAUGUUGAGAUGGCAUACGCCCGACAGAUUUAUGUUUAUAAUGAGAAGAUUGUGAACGGACAUCUCCAGCCCAACUUGGUGGACCUUUGCGGUGCUGUUGCAGAACUGGAUGAUAAGAACAUUACUGACUUGUGGGCGAUGGUGAAGCAAAUGACUGACGUUUUGCUGGUUCCUGCGAGCGAUGCAUUGAAAGUCCGGACGAGUAUGGAGGUGCAGAUGGAGUUUGUGAGGCAGGCCCUGCGAUACCUCGAACAAAAUUACAAGAACUACACCUUGGUGACUGUCUUUGGCAACUUACACCAAGCCCAGCUGGGCGGAGUACCUGGAACUUACCAGUUAGUCCGCAGCUUCCUGAACAUCAAACUCCCGGUGUCUGUCCCAGGACUCCAGGAUGGGGAAGUGGAAGGCCACCCUGUCUGGGCCGUCAUUUACUACUGCAUGAGAUGCGGGGACUUAAUGGCAGCCUUGCAAGUGGUGAAUCGGGCUCAGCACCAGCUUGGAGAAUUUAAAACGUGGUUCCAGGAAUACAUGCUCAGCAAAGAUAAAAGAUUAUCUCCUGCCACCGAGAACAAACUUCGCCUCCAUUACAGGAGAGCCCUGAGAAACAAUACCGACCCGUACAAAAGAGCCGUCUACUGCAUCAUAGGCCGGUGCGAUAUUGCUGACAACCACAGCGAAGUUGCAGAUAAGACAGAAGAUUAUCUUUGGCUAAAGCUCAACCAAGUGUGCUUUGAUGACGAUGGCUGCAACGCCCCCCAGGACAGGCUGACUUUGUCCCAGUUCCAGAAACAAUUGCUUGAAGACUAUGGCGAAUCGCAUUUUGCAGUGAACCAGCAGCCGUUCCUCUACUUCCAAGUCCUCUUCCUGACAGCCCAGUUCGAAGCUGCCGUCGCUUUCCUCUUCCGCACGGAGCGUUUGCGUUGCCAUGCCGUUCACGUUGCCUUGGUCCUUUUCGAACUGAAGCUGCUGCUGAAAUCAUCCGGGCAGAGCGCACAGCUUUUGAGCCACGAGGCUGGGGACCCUCCAGCCAUCAGGCGCCUGAAUUUUGUUCGCCUGCUGAUGCUUUACACCCGCAAGUUUGAGUGCACAGACCCGCGAGAAGCCCUGCAGUACUUCUAUUUCCUCAGGAACGAGAAGGACAGCCAAGGAGAAAACAUGUUCAUGCGCUGCGUGAGCGAGCUAGUGAUCGAAAGCAGAGAGUUUGACAUGAUUCUCGGAAAACUGGAGAAUGAUGGCAGCAGAAAACCUGGAGUGAUUGACAAGUUCACUACGGACACCAAACCAAUUACUAAUAAAGUUGCUUCUGUGGCAGAAAGUAAAGGGCUGUUCGAAGAAGCAGCCAAACUUUAUGACCUUGCCAAGAACCCAGACAAAGUGCUUGAGCUGAUGAACAAGCUGCUGAGUCCCGUGGUCUCUCAGAUCAGCGACCCCCAGUCAAACAAGGAGCGGCUGAAGAACAUGGCGCACUCCAUUGCCGAGAGGUAUAAAGCACAGGGGAUAAGUACAAAGAAGCCCAUUGACUCUACGUUCUACCUUCUUUUAGACCUGAUUACCUUUUUUGAUGAAUAUCACGCCGGUCACAUCGACAGGGCCUUUGACAUCAUUGAACAGCUAAAACUGGUCCCCCUGAGUCAAGAAUACGUGGAAGAAAGAGUAGCGGCCUUCAGGAAUUUCAGUGAUGAAAUCCGACACAAUUUGUCAGAGGUCCUCCUCGCAACGAUGAAUAUUUUGUUUACCCAGUACAAGCGACUGAAGGGCACCAGCCCAGCAACACCGGCUCGACCCCCACGUGUCAUAGAGGACCGAGAUUCGCAACUUCGGUCUCAAGCCCGGGCGCUCAUCACCUUUGCCGGCAUGAUCCCUUAUCGAACAUCAGGAGACACCAACGCUCGCCUGGUCCAGAUGGAGGUUCUCAUGAACUAGACGUUUCGGGAGUCCCGUUGGCCGCCGUUCGUACACUCAGUGGAUGGGUCCAGUUUAAUUUUGGGGAGUCGGUUUUGUUUUUUUGUUUUUUGUAUUAUGUAUUUUUGUCAACCACAAUAAAUUUCUUUGGGUUUA